CAUGUGUAGAACGGUGGGUGCGUUUUUCUUCCUGGGCUUAGGGGCUGCUGUCCUCUGCGUGCCGCUCAAAGACAAAUUGAUGGUCGACUUGGGAGGCGACACCGCCGUCGUGGAGUCCACCGUGAGGGAGGCGAGGCAAGCGCCGGACCACAUCGAGGAACUUCUCCAGCCAGACAAAAAAGACGGCCAGGAAAGCAAGACAUUGUACAGUAUCAGCGGGGAAUCGAAAGACGAUAAGAAGAACAAACACUUCCUAGACGACUUCGACUUCGCCUACUUCGGAGGAGAUAAUUCAGGUCUCUCCAAGUUCGUCCAAGGAGGUGGUGAAAACGAAAGUGGAGAUGGCAAGUCCCAGAGCUACGAAACUAAUGAAAGCUACGAAAGCGGCGGCAGCGGAAGCUACGACUCCGGUGACAAAAACGAAGGUGAAAGCUCUUCCACCAGCCAUAGCUACGACUCCAAGGAUGGCAAUGGCAAGUCCGCCGCCUACGGGGGAGAAGAAGAACAGGAGGAAGAAGAGCACUAAUCU